GCGUUGCCAUAGCAAUCUCUGCUUCAGCCAAUUGGAAUUCCGUCGAAAUUCGUCCAAUAAGAACGAGGAACACUUGAGGGCGAAGCGCUUAGCCAAUUGUAGAGGUUCUCUUUGAAGUGUUCCGGCGGUGGGGGGGGGCAGAGAGUAUCAGUAGAGAUAGAAAAAUUAAGGCGACAUCAUAACAUAUGUGAAUUUUGUUCGGACGCCAUAGAGCUAGAAAAGCGCUUUUAUUCCUCUAGGGACCUGAGUGUUGGGCGCCGAGUAGAAUCUUACUGGAUUAAAAUUUGCAUUUUAAGUUAAGGACCUGAAGCACAAGUUGACAUGUUGGAUCGAAAUCUCCAAUUCAAGGGUCUCCUGCGGCGCGCCUCACUCUAACUAUGGGAAGUCUACGAUAAAGAAUGAGCCAAUCACAGAGCGCGCUUCCGUUAAGGCGUCUCGGUGAGGUUAACCAGCGCAGCCCUGGUUCGCGCUUUGCCCAAUAGCUUGAGGUUGGGUUUGCGCGUGCGCACUCGGCAAAGAGGCGAAGGUUGGGCCUUGAGAAUGGUUGCGGGAGAGCAUGCGCAGUAGGCGCGCUGGCGUUUCUCGGCCGGAGUAACGCAUGGGGGGCGGGGGGAGAAGGACGAGGAAGCCGCAGCCGGGGGGAGGGGCGCUCAGGCAGGUGAGUGUGAGAGGAGAUCCCCCCGACACCAGACCCCCCCUCACAGCACGCUCCCUGCACGUCUCCCGCCCCGCUCUCCCCGCCCCCCCGCCUUAUUGAGGUCCCCCGCCUUGCCAAUGUGGAUUGUUCCUAACUGAACUUUCCCCAGAACAAGCCUCGCCCGCCUUGGCGGGUAUUCCGACGCUGCCCUUUGAAAGGUGGCCUCAUCCUUCCCUUGAAUUGUCAGGGCUGUGAGGGGGUCCUGGCGGGGUCGGGGGUCGGGUGGGGAACCGCUGGCCCUGCAGAGGCUCUUGGGACUGCGACCCCCCAGUGUCUCCCCACGACUGAGGGUCUGAGGGGAGUCGCGAGUCCCGCAGCGUCUGGUGGAGGGACACGGGACCCCCACCCCUCGCACCUGAAAAACAUGCCAGAGGGAAGGAGCAAAGCUAUUUAAAAAUAGGGCGUGAAGUGUUUGCCUCCUUCCCAUUUUUACCCCCACCCUUAUUUCACUCCUUAUUUUGGUUUGUUAGCUCUCAAUUUAAGAAUAUUUUCCCAUAGUUUACUUGACUUCCUCUUUUUUCUUCUUCUUCUAAGCCUUACCUCUUCUCCAAGCCUAUGCUUUCUUUAUAUCUGCUUGUCAACACUUCUCCGCCCAGCAGAGCUCUUGGUACAGCACCAAGAUAGACAUCAGUGGUUCAGCAGGUGCCUGUUCCUCAUUAACUGUCUCUGUGCCAGGGGACACUUGUUGGUUUUUGGCCUGGUAUAUAACUUUAAAGAGCACACAGGGGGAGGGGGAGUUAGCAGCCAUAUCUGCAACUUUUGUUCCCCUUUGUGCCCUCUUAUAAAAAUUUCCAUGAUUCCUUGAUAAUGUCACUGCAUUUCCUUACCUACCACACACCCCUUUUGCCCUCUGUGUUUUGCUUAGCAUAGCUGAUCCCCUUCUUUCUGCAUUUCUGACCAGAUACGGGAAGCAGUACCUGGUCUUGACUAUGGGAGGAUUAAUGUCACACUAGUCUACUUAUGGGCAACUGCAACUCACCCUCUCUUUUUUCCUUUCCCUUUGUAGCUGAAGCGCUGCCCCCGUUGGCUGACUGCCUGAUUCCUCUGCUCUCGCCUGCUGCUCAGAGUCACCAUGUCGGGACUUGCGAGCAAGCGGGCAGCCGGGGAUGGAGGCUCUGGGCCCCCUGAGAAGAAAUCCAACAGGGAGGAGAAGACUACCACUACCCUGAUUGAGCCCAUCCGCCUGGGGGGCAUCUCUUCCACGGUGAGGACCAGGGGAUUGAGUGCAGGGUGGAGAAGUACUCGGUGGUGGUGGUAAAAGUCUGAAAUUCGCUUCUGCAAGGUGCCAUGAUGGCUGCCAAAUUGGAUAGCUUUGAAAGGGGGUUGGACAGAUUCAUGAAGGAUAAGGCUGUCAGCAGCCACUAGUUAUGACUGCGUUCUGCCUCAACUGUCAGAGGCAGCUUGCACUGAAUACCAACUGCUGGGGAACCUGAGCUUGACAGUACUGUUUCCCUCAGGUCCUGCUUGUGAGCUUCUCGUGGGCAUCUGGCUGGGCACUGUGAGAAGAGAACUCUUUCUACAUGGCAAUUAUUUGUUUUGAUUUUUUAAAAUAAAAAAAAACCCUCUGGAAAUAAAUGUUGGGAAUUUGGGGGCGCAAGUAUGCUCCAGAUCAGGCUUUUUAAAUAGGCAACUCUGUAAUAAAGAAUAUUAUAUAGGUUGGGACCAGAAAAAAACAAUCCAUGCCUAUAAUUUUGCCUAGAAACUGGAUGUUGGUAGCUGGGUAUCUGAAAUAUCUCUGCAGGACUGGUGGCAUAAAAUUAGAUGCUAAGAUUUAGGAGUUAGAAAUACCUUCCCCCAUCACUUUUAGAGGAAAAUGUUAAGCAGCAGCUUCCAGGUUUGCUUCCUGAUGUGAACCUUUUCAGCAGGGGCAUGGGCCCCUGUGGCAGAUUUUUGUCUUUUAACAACACCAGUUGUGAUUUCAAAGGCAGUUGUUACUUGGUCAGAACAGCAGCAGCUGCUGGGAACUCAGAAAAGUAGAGUUGUGGCCUAUAAAUGACUCAGGUUUAUAUAGGGGCCUUCCCUCACCUUAGCUUUGCACACGAGUAGAAAUUGAGUACCGUAUCAAGGGGAAUUGCAGUUGGGCAACUAUGCAACAACCUUAUUGGGAGAGCAAAAGUAACAUCAUAGGCAGGGGCUUGAUGAAGAGCAAGGUCAUAGGUUCACCUACCAGUGCCAGCAAAUUCCUUCUCACUCUUUAAUAGGUCAUAUUGACUCCUUUAUAACAUCCUUCCACCCAACAUCCUCUUCAUACUUACUUUUAUUGUCUAUAUGCUAUCUAUCAGUGUAUGUACAGCAAUACAUUUAUCUAUCUUUAACCAAAAGAAUAGAAAACUGCCUUAUACUGACUCAGAUUGUUGAUUGGUAUUGUUGGCAGUGUCGGGCACCAGCUUUCAGCAGGGAGUCCUUCCUAAUCCUCCAUGGAGAUGUUGGGGUUCAAAUCUGAGACCUUUGCAAAUAAAGCAUGUGUUCUGCCACUGAUCUGCACCCUUUUAGAAUUAAUGGUCAAUUUAAAAAAGGGGGUGUGUGGAAUUCAUUCUAGUUAUAGUUUUGUGCCUCAUUAGGGUAAAUGAUGAUGGACCAUAUUUUUCUUUAGGGUGCUGUUGAUGUGUGCGUGUAUCUCUCUCUCUCUCUCUCUCUCUCAUCUAUCUAUCAUCUAUCUAUCUAAUAGAAAUACCAUCAGAACUUGGGGUUGUUGAUGGAAACGGCCGAGGAUCAUUCUGUGAUUCACACUCUGACGUUCUGUUUUAUUUCAGGAGGAGAUGGACCUCAAGGUGCUCCAGUUCAAGAACAAGAAAUUAGCCGAGCGCCUGGAGCAGCGGCAGGCCUUUGAGGACGAGCUGCGUGAGCGCAUAGAAAAGCUGGAGAAGAGGCAGGCCACUGACGAUGCCACUCUCCUGAUUGUCAACCGCUACUGGAAGCAGGUCAGGGUGCCUUCCUGGCCGCUCGUUUCCUUUUCUUAAGUUUCUAGUCCUUAAGGUUGACAAGAUGAGGUUGAUGAUCAGUUCAGCAGCUGGUGGAAGCGUUAGGAAACCAGCAGGGCAUUAAGCAGAGCUUCUAAGUGGUUGGGGAGCGAUAUUUUGCCGUGUUGCUCCUGUGUCACCUUCCUUGUGACAAGCACAAGCCAAAUGGAGAUAACUGGAAGCUGGAUAGUUUUGGUAUUCACCCAGCCCUGCCUGUGGCAUCCCCUAUGUCCUCUCUCUCCCUGUGUCCUUCUCAAGCCGUCUCUCCUCCCCCCUCCAAUUUCUACAGCUAGAUGAGACCGUGCAAGUGCUGCUGAGGCGAUGUGACGGAGAAUGCGGCCAGCCUCUUGAGGAGCCCAAGUUGGAGAUGACGGGAGCCGAGUUGGAUGCCGCUCUCCUGGGGCAGGAGGGGCUGGAGAGGAGAGGUGAGCCCGGCUCUCUCCGAUACAGGAUGCUGGGAGGAGAUGCAGCUCCCGUCCUCGGAGCCAGUAACCAUUGCUGUUCUUCUGGUCCCCACAGAGGCAGUCCUGUCCCCCGUUACUCCCCCCGCCCCGUGGAAAGCCGGAGCGGGGCUUGUGCUGAACGAGUCAGCCCUCUCCUUCUUGGCUACCUUGGCCAGCAGCAGCAGCGAAGAGAUUGAGCUGCAGCUCCAGGAGCGCAUGGAGUUCUCCAAAGCUGCCGUCUCCCGCAUCGUGGAGUUCUCUGACAAGAUCCACCGGCGCACCGAGGAACUUUGCCAGAAGAUCCACGCCCGGGGUGAGGCCAGGCCCCUUGUCAGAGCUGGGCUGAGCAGGCACCUUUUGAAGCAUUCGUAUAAUUAUAAUUAUUUUAUUUAUCGCAUUUAUUUCCCGCAUUUUUCUCUAAGGAGCUCCAGGUGUUCUACAUGGUUCUGCCCUAUAGCAUUUAAUCCCCACAACAACCCUAUGAGGUAGAUUUUGACAGCAUUCCCAGGAUCCUUUACAUAACUUUUACUUCCAGGCAUCAGUUAGAAAAGGGAGGUUUUUUUUUUUUAAAUGACAUUUUAAAUUAAAUUUUCAAAAAUACAGAAAAAAAGAAUCCAUAGAAAUGAGCUAGCAAAGCAACAAAGCAAGAACAAGAGUUAUGGAGAAAGCUGUCUACUUUGGCAGCUUUUUGGGGGAAAGGUCCUUUUGGAGUUCAGUUGGGUCACCUCAUGGGAUCUUUUAUUGAUGCUGACAUGAAUGGUUCUAUUAUUAUUAUUAACUGUGCUUCAUUCAUUUUCAAGGGUAUAUUAUUAUUAUUAUUAACCUGUUGAGAUGGUAAAAGCCUGGUAUUAAAAGGUUUGGUUCCUACCUGUGUCUGAGAUGCUGACCUAAACAGUUCUCUUGCUUUAAGGGCAAAGCAAACCAAAAUAUGUUCUAUUUGGUAUCAAUUGAUUUUGUUCAGUUUAUGUUGGGGGCAGAGGGGGCAUUUCCGAAAAGCCCUAAUAUGAUUUGGAAUUCAUGUGGAAUAGAUAGUAGAAAAGGUUUGUUAGAAAUGGAGGCGUAAGUGUUGCAUGAGGUAAAUAGGACCUGUGGAGAAACCAGAUAACUUUUUAAAUUAAUGGAAAAGGGAGAUUGUUGAGAUGCAGAAUUCUGGUCCCUUGAGGAGAGAGGUGUUGGAAGCAGCACGGUGUUUUCUGUUCUUCUCAUGCCUGUGCAGUGAAGGAACCGUAAGAUGUUUUAAUGCAAAAUUGUAAAUAGCCUGUGGCAGCCAGCUGAGGAAGUUGCUGGGAGCGGGGGCUGGGAGUUGGCGUCCUGGGUUCUCAGGGGCCUCUUUCUUUCCCCAGUGGAGUUUGACCAACUGGAAGAAGCCGUGAAGUCUCUCAACAAGGACCUGAUGAGGGAGAAUCGGCACUUGCAGGACCUGACCACCCAGCUGCAAGAGAAGCACCAUAAGAUCUCCUUGGAGGUAGGUUCCUUGUCAGAUGUCAGUAAAGUGCGGGUGCAGGCAGGGCUUCCCAUAGCCAAUGCCGCUUUGUGGGAGAGAAUCGUUCUGAAGCCUGGCAUGUCUGCAUCUUUUUCUCCUCUGGCUCGCUUAGUACACGGAACUGCAAGACAAGGUGACCUCCUCCGAGACCAAAGUGCUGGAGAUGGAGACGACCAUCGAGGACCUGCAGUGGGAUAUCGAGAAGCUGCGCAAGCGGGAGCAGAAGCUGAACAAGCACCUGGCUGAGGCCCUGGAACAGGCAAGCGAAGACCUUCAGGGCCCCCCUGUUCCCCCCCAGCCCAUGGGCCAAUAUGGUUCAUUGUAGCGUACAAGGCACUGAACUUUGUUCUCUAACUCCUUUGGCAGCUAAACUCGGGCUACUACGCAUCGGGCAGUUCCGGCGGGUUCCAGGGUGGGCAGAUCACACUUAGCAUGCAGAAGGUAAGCGGGAGAAAAACAACCGGGGGGUGGGAUGUCAGCGGCGCUGGGAUGGGAGUCUUGCAGGUCCAAGUGCUUCUCUUUGCGGAAUCUUCCUGCUUCAGUUUUGUGCCUGGGCUUUUGUAGUUUGAGAUGCUGAACGCGGAGCUGGAGGAGCACCAAGAGCUUGCCAACAGCCGCAUGGCGGAGCUGGAGAAACUGCAACAUGAAAUGCAGCAGGCUGUGAGGACCAAUGAGAAGCUCAAGGUAAGGAAGAGCCUCCUGUGGAAUUUGGGGAAGGGAAGCAGAAUGCCCUCUAGUGGCAGGCUGAAAAUAUGCUAGUAUGACCAGGAAUGAUGGUUCUGGAGAAUCUGCUUUAGAGCCACUUUUGCAGGUGCAGGGUGUAGAGGGAUAUUAUUUAUGUUUCUAGUGAUGGGGGAAGGCGGUGUCUCUGAAGAGCUCUUUUUCUGUGCAUUUCCAGGUUCUCUACAUCUGUGUAGUAUAGUGCUUCAGUAUUUCAUAUUCUUCUUCUUCUUGGCACCUCAGUCCAUUACACGCAGGUUCUGCUAUCAGAAUACUUGUUAUCCAAAAUCUCACUUAUCUGAACACAAAGAAUUAUUCACAAAUGGCUGACUCAGAUGUCCAGACAGCUGUAGUUUGUCCAGUUCUUUACUUGUUUGUGUUUUGCUGGUCAGCAGCUGCUGUUUCAGGCCGAAACCAUGGCGGGAAAUGAGAGCGAUUGGACAAAUCGGGGAACAAGAGAGAUUGGACAAAUCUAUUUUUCCUUUGUUUUACCUUUGCUGAUUGGCUGCAGCAGUUUCAGGCAGAAAGCGUGGCGUGAGAAAGCAUGGAUUAGAAAUGUUCCUAUAGGAAAUAAUGAAAACCAUUAACUUGUUAUAUGCCCGCUUGCCUAAUGAACGAUUUUCUGAGAAUGCAUCGUGUUCAGAAAGCAGGACCUGUGUGUUCUUUGCUUCCUGGCAAAAGAAUUCCAGAUUGACUUUGGGGAAGGCUCGUAGCUCAGAAGGACAUGUGUUCAAUCCCUGGCAUCUCCGGCUAAGGCUGGAAAUGUUCGCUGUCAAUCAAAAGUGCUGACCUAAAUUGACCAAUGCUCUUGACAGAUUCCUAUGUUCCCAUGACUCCCCCUCCCCCAACAUUUGUCAAUAGAACUAAACCAGUCCAAACAACGUCAGAUGCUUCCUUUAUGUACACUCGUGCGUGCAGCAUCCGAAGCCUUUCAGCAAUCAGGCAGAAAGGCACAAGCCUCAGGCUGAGUAUCUUAAGCCUUUGACCCAUUUGCUGCUGGUAGGUUUUUUUGUACACUUGCUAUUACACUUAAUACACCCGAACAUGCAGGAUGGGGCAUGUUUCUUUUAAAAGAGCCACCAAGACCACUCCCAGGGGUGAUGACGUGGGGCAGUUGACGUGGAGAGCUACCGUGGCUCUCCUCCCCCAGGCACCUGUUCUCUGCCCUUCCCCUGCAGGUGGCGCUACGGAGCCUGCCUGAGGAGGCGGUGAAAGAGACACUGGAGUACAAAGUGCUGCAGUCUCAGUUCUCGCUGCUGUACAACGAGAGCCUGCAGGUGAAAACGCAGCUGGACGAGGCCCGAGCCCUUCUGCUCACCACCAAGAACAGCCACCUGCGCCACAUCGAGCACAUGGAGGUGAGGGAGCCCGUGAAGUGUGUGCGCCUGCUCUCUAACCCCUGAAAGGGUAGUCAGCAGGCGUGCUUAAGCCUUUCCUGUACCUCUUUGCUUUGUAGCAUUAGAUAGAAUGGUAAGGAAAGCAGUUUUGCAGUUUCAUAGAAGAGCACAAGGGCCCUGCUGGAUCAGCCAGAUGCCCCUGGGAAACCCAUAAGCAGAACCUGAAUGCCAAGAGCCCUACUCUCCCCACAAUGCCAAGAAACUGGCACUCGGAGGCAUCCAACAGUAGAGGAAGACAUAGCCGUCAUGGCUAGUGGCCGCUGGUGACCUUCCUUUUAGACCCUGAUAGCAUAAUCUCAUGAAGCCCUGGGUGGCAUCCAAAAUUAGCCAUUGAAAUCAGUGGGCACCCUUGAUUUAGGUUCAUUUCAGUGGGAAGAGCUUAUGCCCCCCACUGUUUGUCAGACUGCGAAAGUUACCAAGGAGAAAGAGUGGUCUUGCACCCUGUUCUCCCCCUCCCCCCCGGCUGAUAUUACUUGCCCCUCCCCAUCUUCCUUGGCAACAGAGUGAUGAGCUGAACCUGCAGAAGAAGUUGCGGACGGAGGUGAUCCAGCUGGAGGACACCCUGGCCCAGGUGCGCAAAGAAUAUGAGAUGCUGCGCAUUGAAUUUGAGCAGAACUUGGCCGCCAACGAGCAAGCAGGUGAGGCUGCAUUCCUUCCCAUUGAGCAUUCGUGGUUUGGCCCCAAAUGAAUAUUUUUCUCCCUUUAAUACACUUAAGGCGAGUUUCCCAGAACUUGGGGAUCCAGCUGUUCUUGGACUACAAGAACAUCAUCCCUAACUAGCAGGGCCAGUGGUCAGGGAUGAUGGAAAUUGUAGUCCAUGAACAGUUUGGGAAACCCUGCUCUAAGGUCUGCCCUGUGCAGAAGUCAUCUGCCUCCCAAAUUGUUCAUUCUCACUCUUCUCUUCCCCCCUCCCUCCGUUUGAACCCGAGGUCCCAUUAACCGAGAGAUGCGCCACCUGAUCAGCAGCCUCCAGAACCAUAACCACCAGCUGAAGGGCGACGUGCAGCGGUACAAGCGGAAGCUCCGGGAAGUGCAGGCGGAGAUCAACAAGGUGGGGUUGCAGGAGGGGGAGGUUUCAGGGAAUGACCCCCCCAAAGGAAUCUCUCGGGGGCUGCAUGCUGGCGGUGGAUGGGGCCAGAGCCCCAAGUGGCCAGGACACUCCUUCUCUCGCAGGAACGGAGGACGAUGCCUUUCCCUGAGCCCAAUCCAUUGGUCCCUCUUGCUCAAUAUCGUCCUUCCUGUUUUCAGAAAGGAAACAUUUUCAGCCCUACCUGGAGAUGCUGGGGAUUGAACCUGGGAGCUCCUGUGUGCAAAAUAGAUGCUCUACCACCCAGCUAUGGCCCUUCUCUUUGCCCCCCCUUCUCUUUGUAUUUCUCCUCCUUCUACCCAUAUGACAGUCUGCUGGGGACUGCAAGUGGCCUUUGGCCACCCCUGCUUUGAGCUCCAUAAUUCCAGGUGCUGUGAUGGCCACCUUACCCUGCAGCUCAUGUCCGUUUGUUCUUUGCUCAGGUUCGGCUGCAGCAAAGCGGCUUUUCCUCCAGCUCCACGGCAGCGCCUCCUACACCAGGGGCUGAGGACCCCGCAGGGCUGCUGGGGCCCCCAGGGGCCUCCACCAUGAAAGAGGAAGAGGGAGCAGCGCCUCCCGAUGUGAAAAAAGAGCCCAAGGAGGUGCAAAUGAAGAAGGAGCCCAAGGAGGAGGCUGCUGCCCCCCAGCCUCUUGGGAUCCAUGAAGGGGUGAAAAAGGAGGAAGAGGAGCCGCCUGCCCCACAGCCCCUCGCCCCACAGCCACCCCCGCCACCCCGCGCCAAGGAGCCUGAGCGGUCCAAGGGGCGCAGCGGUGGGGAACGGAGCGGGGAUCGCGAGAGAUCCCGGGACCGGGACAAAGAGGCCUCCUCAUCGUCGUCUUCCUCCUCGUCCUCUUCCUCGCGGGAUCGGGAGAAGCAGAAGGGUGGCGGAGGCUCUGAGGACCCCAAGAAAAAGGAUUCCGAUCUGCUCAAGCAGCUGCGGACUGAACUCAAGUGAGGGAGGUGGAAGAUGGUGCCAUUUCAAAAUGGGGGUGGGGAAGUGGGGAGAGGAUGUUUUUUUUGGGGGAUAGCACUGGGUGGGGGAGGGCACAACGGCCUCAGGAAAGGCCGUGAACCUGGAGGAUCUGUGCCAGUGGUUUGGCUCCUGGGAGCAGCUGCACCUCUGCACUCAGCAGAGAGGGAGAUUGGGCUCUGGAGGGCUGUAUUGCAGCUGAAGAGCUGGAGGCCCAGAAAAUGCUUUGCCAAGAUUUUAGGGUUUCAGGAGGCAGGCCUUGGUGGUAGGCCCCUCACUCUGGUGUUUGGACCCAGGGGGAGGUAAGAAAGAUAUCUGUAAGCUAGAACUUCACUGAAAUAGUUACCCCCCAACUGAGAGGUUCCUUGUAAGACAGUUUGAAGCCUCCCUUUGCACCCCCAUAGUUUCUCAUAGGUCUCAAAGCAAUAACCCCUGGGGUGCAAGGUCCCCCCCCCCCCACUUCAUGCUGAUCCUGUUUCCUUCCUCAGGAAGGCUCAGGAGAGUCAGAAGGAGAUGAAGCUACUCUUGGACAUGUAUAAGUCGGCACCCAAGGAGCAGCGGGACAAAGUGCAGCUCAUGGCCGCUGAGAAGAAGACCAAGGCAGAGGUGAGAGGCCCACCUGCACACGGAUGCCUGCUGCCUUCUGAACAUUGCACUUCCUCUGCCCCCCUUUUAUUCCAGCUCUUCUUUGCUUGGGUCAAAUGCGCUACUCUCAAUCUCAAUUCUCUCAAGUGUGGAUCCUUCUGUAGUUAAAGAGACGCUAUCCACGCAGAGCUGGGAGAUAUCAGCAAGCUGGGUGAGGGGGGAACCCCAAAGUUUGGCGGAAAGUACAAAAAUAGUCCCUCUGUCCCCAAACAGCCCGACAAGGACAGGGCAUGCUGGGUAGGAGGAGAAUGCCGGGUGGUCUGGAGAGAUGUGGAAAGUUGUGCCCUGGAAAAGGGCAGGGCUGGCUGGCACUCUGAACAUGAGCAUUAGGCACUGUCAAGCUUUGGUGCAGGUCCCAUUGGCCCCUUCUGCUAGUUCACACUUAAGUAUGAGUGAGUCAGAGUCCUCUCUAGGGUUUUUAUUAAGUUUAUAUGCUGCCCUUCAUCCGAAGAUCACUAUAUCAAAAUACAAAAUACAUAACCCAAAAGCCCCCCAAUAGCAGACAUUUGAGUGACAGUAUAGCAUAUUGGCAUGCUAAUUCUGGGCAAGUUGAUGUGAAUGAUGCGCCUGGACAGUAGCUAUCAUAGUUCCCAAAAAAGGGGCUUGGGGUUGGUUGGUUGUGCUUUUAAAAUGAGGGCGAAUAACAUUGUGACGCUUGCAAUUUGGCUUGUCCUGCCUUAGUGCUGGGAGAUGGAUUUGGCAGCACCAUGUUGAGGGACUAGGGAUAAGGAGUCACCCCUGUUCCCUUUUACUCGGUCCCCUUGGCAGGUGGAGGAGCUGCGGGUGAGGAUCCGCGAGUUGGAGGAGAAAGAAAAGAAAGAGAGCAAGAAAAUGGCAGAUGAGGAUGCCUUGCGCAAGAUCAAAUUGGCCGAGGAGCAAAUUGAACACCUGCAGAAGAAGCUGGCUGCCACCAAGCAGGUAUUUGGCUGUGGGAGGAGCCAAGGUGUAAGUUGUCCUGCAGGGUGGAAGCCUUCCCAUAGGCCUGAUGUUUGUUUCAGUCCAUCUAUAGCCAUCUAUAGACCAGGGUUGGGGAGAUUCUGGCUCACUGGCUCACCAGGGUUUGGCCUGCGAGGCCAUUUUUCCAAAACCACCUUCACCUGUCAGCCAUGUCAGUUCAUUCCUGCUUUCUGCAGGGAGCAGUAGUAUGCGCAUGAAUUCUCCUUGCUGAUGGGUGCAGGAUUCAAGGCUCCUUGGUCACCACUUCCCCGCACAGCUGCAGUGCAACUAUGGCAGGUGGGCAGGACCACUCACCUUUCAAUCGCCUGAUGUCCUGAUGCCAACAGGGGAUUGACAGCACCCCCAAAAAAUUACCAGCCGUGUGUGUAGUAAUAAGGGAAGCUGCAAGGGCAAGGAGGGAGAACUUGAGCAAUCUCGUUCCCUUCCUUAUGUCUGCUCUGCUGGGGCAGGAGGAGGAGGCUCUCCUGUCCGAAAUGGACGUGACGGGCCAGGCUUUUGAGGACAUGCAAGAGCAGAACAUGCGGCUGAACCAGCAGCUGCGCGAGAAGGAUGACGCCAACUUCAAGCUGAUGUCGGAGCGCAUCAAGUCCAAUCAGAUCCACAAGCUGCUGCGGGAGGAGAAGGACGAGUUGGCUGAGCAGGUGCUGGCCCUCAAGUCCCAGGUAAGGCAGAGCCUGUCCCCCUACCUCCUCACACAGUUGUGGAGCCUGAGACAAGGGGGGAGGGUCUUGAGGGGAGGCUUCUGCCCCAUGUCCUGAAGGCUGUGGCUUUGGUUUCCAUGCCUAGGUGGACACCCAGCUGUUGGUGGUGCAGAAGCUGGAGGAGAAGGAGCGUGUUCUGCAGGGGAAUCUGGGCACAGUGGAGAAGGAGCUCACUUUGCGCAGCCAGGCCUUAGAACUCAACAAGCGGAAGGUGAGGAGAGGGAGCUGGGAGGAGCCAUGGGCUGAACUGGGAGACAAUCAGGGCCGUGGGUACUUGUGCUCCAAAAAUAAAAAUUAUUUUCUAGGUCAGUGAGUCUUUUUACAAGCUCAGUUCUUCAAUCUUGAAACUUUGUUAUAUUUUCUGCCUGUAUUUUAGAUAACAUAUUCUGGUCUUGUCAGUAAUUGGGGUUGGGGGAAAUUGCAAGCCCAAGAUCUGGAAAUCCUGUUCCGUCUCUCUCCCCAGCCCCUCUGCUUAUGAAGUUUCCCCAGGCAUUGCCCAUCCCCUCUCAGUUGGUCUCCAUGGCCUUAGGGGGCUAGAAACUAGAAGCAGAGAUUCCCAAGCUACUGCGUUCUCUUCCCAUUGCUAGUUUUUGGGUGCACACAGUGCAAUUGCGCUAUGUAUUCACAGCCCCAGGAAUGGGGUGCCUUUGUUGGGGCAGCUUGUGUCUGAUUGUCCUUGGGAGAUUCUGAGGUGGUGGCUUCUGCUGCUUUUCUUCUGGCAGGCAGUGGAGGCUGCCCAGCUGGCAGAGGACUUGAAGGUGCAGCUGGAGCACGUUCAGUGUAAGCUGAAGGAGAUCCAGACCUGUAUGGCCGAGAACCGAGCAGCCAAGGAGAAGGAAUCUUUCAACCUCAAAAGAGCCCAGGUACUAGGAGAAAAGAGGAUAACUUGUUCUCCUCUGCAAGUGUGUCAGCUGCUCUAAUGCUCCUCUUGGUUGAAAAUUAUAUUUUUUAAAAAGCAAGUUACUAGCCCUCAUGGCUGCUGAUAAAUAUUUCUUGGUAUGCCAGUGUUACCUUCCGUCUUGCUAACCACCUUUGGGAUUCAUUGACUUGCAUCCCUUCCUCAGGAGGACAUAUCACGCUUGCGGCGCAAGCUAGAGAAACAGCGCAAAGUGGAGGUGUACGCGGAUGCUGAUGAGAUUUUGCAGGAGGAGAUCAAGGAGUACAAGGUGAGGAGAAAGGAGGAGGUUGGUUGGUUGGCAACCCAGGGCAAGCCUUGUUGGGGAGAGCCAAGUCAAGGAUCUUACACGAAUUAUCUGUCCCGUAUCUCCAGGCCAAGCUGACCUGCCCCUGCUGCAAUACCCGCAAGAAGGAUGCUGUCCUCACCAAAUGCUUCCACGUCUUCUGUUUUGACUGUGUCAAGACACGCUACGACACCCGCCAGCGGAAGUGCCCCAAGUGCAACGCGGCCUUUGGCGCCAAUGACUUCCACCGCAUCUAUAUCAGCUGAACACCUGGGUCCAAUUUCCCGCCCAAGGGGGUCCCUUUCACAGACGGUGCCUGGAUCCUGUGGCUUACCUAGCAAAAACCUGCCUCGGGUCCGCAUAAGACUCAUUCCUCCCCCACACCAGUUUUCUGGCUCUGGUCCAUGGACCCCUUCCCAAGCAUUUAAAAUAUUUUGCAGAGUUUCCUUUUCAGUGGUUUACUUUCUCUUCUCUCCCCUUGCCCGUAUACUUCCUGGGUCUGUUUCACUGGAUCCCCUCCCUAGAUCUGAGGAAUCCUCUCUGCUGCUGCUGCUGCUGCUCCUCCUCCUCCUCUCAGCAUUUCCCAAAUGGUCUCCCUCCAAAUUGCCUUUGGAUCUUUUUCUUCUUCUACCAUUUUGAAAACUUUUACGACAACCACUGUCUGCAGGCAGCAGUCAUGCAGAUCAAACGCUUCCUGUCGGAGAUUCUUAUUCUUCAGUUAUUUUAAUAAUUGUUUUCCGUGUUUUGGAAGUAAAAGUUGGAGAUGAUCUGCUCCUGCGAGA